GAUGCAGAUCUGAGGAAGCCAAGUGCGCAUGAGCGCUCUUCAACGCCAACGCCAGCUCUGUGGGGCUCAGGGGGAUCAAGGCCGUUUGACCCGGGUAGACUGGAGCUGGAGCCGGGCAUAGACACAACUUCCUUGCUCUUUGGGGCCGGGGCCUGCUCUCCGCAAUCUAGCCUCCUGUCCUUGGCCUGCCUUGACUGACGGAAGCGGGGGUGGCCAGAACAUCUCCGUGAACCAGCAGCGCUCCAGACUCCAGGAAGGGGCCAGGGCCGAUUGCACCAUAUCCGGUACACGUAGAGCAGGAAGAUGUCGGAGCCCACGGCGAUGAGCUUGCUGGAAGACUGGUGCAGGGGAAUGGGACUGGACAUCCACAGGUCCCUAUUGGUUACUGGUAUUCCUGAGCACUGUAGUCAUGCAGAAAUCGAGGAGACCUUGAAUGGGGUCCUCUUGCCACUGGGCACAUACCGUGUGCUCAACAAAAUUUUUUUGCGGCAGGAGAACGUCAAAGCUGCGCUUGUCGAGGUUAGCGAGGGUGUGAACCUGAGCUCUGUACCCCGCGAGUUCCCGGGGAAGGGUGGUGUCUGGAAAGUGGUCUGCAGAGACCCCACCCAGGAUGCUGAAUUUUUAAAAAAUCUGAACGAAUUCCUGGAUGCCGAAGGGCGCACUUGGGAGGACGUGGUACGUCUCUUGAGGCUUAACCGCCAUCCAUCAUUCCCGAACCCAAACCAGCCUCCACCCAACUGGGCAGAAGCCAUGGGGCUGCUCCUGGGUGCGGUGGUACAGGUUAUUUUCUACAUGGAUGCAGAAAUCCGUAAUCGGGAGGAAGAAGCAAGGGCCGAGGAGGCCGAGCUGAUGGCGACUUGGGCAUCAACAGCGAGGAGUAGUGUAAAGAAGGAACCCGGGCUGGGUGUAGAGGUGGGCUCGACUUUCAAGAUGGAGGACCGAAACCACUGGAAGACUGCAGAGGAUCGUGGGGACUCUCCAAAACCUCUAUUUCGCAGGACUGGAGGUAAGAUUCGCUCCAGGAGAAGGAAGCAGAAAAAAAAUCCUAAGCAAGAACCAAUAUGCUGGAGAAAACCCCAAGGCAACAAUUACAAUAAAGCAAAUUUGGAAGGCGCUGAAGCUGCAGCUGCCGGAAACUCAGAGAUCCCAGAGUCUGUCAAGAUCAACAAAAAACCCCUUGUGAAGCAGGAGGAGACAGUUUGGAAGAAGAAAAGAGUCUGGAAGGAUCCCAACCUUCCUCGGCGUUCACCGGCCACAGCAGAGAGCCCUGGGAAUCUGGAAGACUCAGAUCAAGAUGGUGGUCUUGAGAGCCCUCCAAAGAAGAAAGCCAUGACCUGGGCCUCAAAUAAGAUCCCUGCCCCCAUGAGGAAGAAGAAGAAGAUGGGCAUGGGCUCGCUCUCUUAUGUUCUGAUUGAUUCUGAAGCUGCCAAGAACAAGCCCGUGAUUCCCAAGAAAGGGCCUGGUUCUAGAAGGGCCAUGUUGGUUCAAAGGGCUCCUUGGGGGCCCCAACCUACUGAUGCACCUGCUUCAGUUUCCAGUGCUCAGAAGCCCAAGCCAGGAGGCUUCCCUCAUGUCUCCAAAGAUUCCAGAAAGCUGUGAUUUGGGGAACCCUGUACCUGAGGAGGUGGAAGAGCAUCGAGAAAGAAGUUUCAAGUUGGAAGCAAACUUUUCCUUUGUGGUUGAAUGAAACGUGACUUUGGACUGUGUAGGGGCCUGUUUACGUGUGUGUGCUCUGACCUGCACAGGUAAUGGAUGUGAGGACUUAGGAGGUGUGUGUGCUGGGGUAACUCUGUGUCUUUCCUUCAGUAGGAGCUUCUUGUCACCUCUGCUCACCCUCAAAGGUGGAAGAGAUGAUAAGUAGCUUUAGAAAAUGCUAGAACAUUCAUUCCCUUUUACCCACAAGAGGACUCUUGGUUAUGGUUUCCCACAUUUAGCCUUUAUUUUCCUCUACCCUCUGCUUUUUCUUCUGGAGGCCCAGGCCUCUUGUAGAACCUGAAGUCCAGAAGGGCAGGGUGGCCAUUUUGUCCCUUGUGCUGUAAGCAUUUGGUAAGCUAGGCCAAAGCUAGCUUUGCGUACUUCAACUUCGGUCCUUCAGCAAGCUAGCCAGAAGUUGGUUAGGUCCCAAGAGUUGGUUCUGGAGAAAAACCAAACAUCUUCUGGCCCUUGAAUUCUUCAGAUUUCAGAGUCUUUAAAGAAAACAGAGGGCAGGGGAGACGACUCAGCGGGAAAGAGGCCUUGCAGUGUAAAUACAAGGACCUAAGUUCUAAUCCUUAGGACUCAUGUGAAAAGAUCAUGUGUGGCUGCCUGUGCCUGUAACACCAGCACAUUGGUGGUGGAGACAGGUGGAUCCCAAGGACUUGCUGGCCAGCUGGCCUGAACCCGUGAGCUUCUAGGCUGGGGAAUCCCCCAGUGAGGAGCUGGGGGCGUGGCUCAAUGGCAGAGCUUCUGCCUAGCAUAUGCGAGGCCCUGGGUUUAAUCUCCAGAACCAAUAAGAAACAAAAUGGAACAAAACAGCACUUUAGUUCCCAAAUGAAGCAACACCCCUCUCAGAAAGCCUGCGGGGGAGAAGCAGGUUGGUAGAGAAAAAUCAGUGUCUAGACCUCGUAGAGAGACCCCUUAUCAUUGAGGCUUAAGUCAGAUGCUCACAUUAUAGGAAGAAAGGGAAAAUCUCUCUUUUCAAAAGUUUCUUUUAAAUGGAUGGAUUUCUGUCCUCUGAAUUUAGCGCCAUUAAAUCUGACCAUGUUGCCGUGUACCAGGCUGUGUACGUGUGAAGAGAGAGAAUGGCGUCUUCGCCAUCUGUGGUUUUCUAAGCUACAUCUUGGGGACUCUUUUUUCAUGUUUAGAAGCACGAAAGAGAUGCUGGAGAUACAACUCAAUAAGAAAAGGGGCAGGAGCUUGCCACCAAGUCCGAGUCCCUGGGUUCAAUCCCCAACACCCGCAUAGUGGAAAGAGAAGCAACACCCGAGAGUUUGCCUCUGAUCUCCACAAUUAUUCCAUGGCACAAGCCCGCCCCCAGGAAAUAUAAUAAAAAAUUUUAACAUUCAAAAGAAGCAGCUGUGGUGACACGUGGCUGUAAUCCCAGCAUGUGGAAGCUGAGGCAGGAGAAUUGCUAUGAUUUCAAGGCCAGCUUGGGCUACAGAGGAAGACCCUGCCUCAAAAUAAAUAAGUAAAUAAGAACAUUUUGUUUAAAAUAUAGAAAAAUGAAAACUCAACUGUGUUGCAAUCUAAAAUAUUGAACUAUUCCCUUGUGUGUAUAUGAUAACUGUAACUAGCCAUUGACUCUGUAUUUUGUAUAUAGUUGUAUUUUUCUUUCUCUCUCUGUGUGUGUGUGUGUGUGUGUGUGUCCAUCUGUGCAUGUGUGAGGGUUACUUUGGGCGUCACUCCUCAGCCACCCUCCACCUUUUUAUGAGACAGUCUCUCACUGUCCUGAAACUGGCCAGGAGGCUGGCGGGGCAGUGGACCCCAGGGAUGCCCCCCUUUGCACUGGGGCUACAAGCCUGUGCUAUAGUGUUGAUUUUUUGUUUGUUUGUUUGUUGUUUUUGCACAGGUUCUGGGGAUCAAACUCAGAUCCUUCCUCUUGCAACAUAGUUUUCUAAUGAGGUGUCAGGUGUGUGUCCCUUCUCCCCCACACACACUCUCUAAGUUUCUUGUAGGUGUGAACUUUGAGAAGAAAGGUGGGAAGGGAGUGGAAGGGAUUUGGUCCCCUGCAUGUCCUUUGACACAGUAUCCAAAAUGAAUCUGCAUCUGUGUGUUUCGCUUUCCUGUUCAGCCGUGACAGCGAGGUCCUUGCUAACCUGGUAUUGCUAGCCCUCGUGAGUUUACAUGCUCUUUUCCCCACUUCAGUUUUCUUGAUCCAGAAACUGAUCAGUUGUUAAACAUUUGUCAGUGAAUCAGUCAGUCGCCAGCCACUUUUCUUGUGAUAAUCCUUGAGACACCUUCGUGGAAGUAGCACAUUGAUACAACGAUCAAUGACUGUAAAUGUGGGAGUGUAAAAUAAAGUUGUGCAAAUGAA